CCACCAUCGCGGGACGCAAGCUCAUGACGUCGCUGCGCCUGAUCGACAUCGGCGCCAACCUCACGGACCCCAUGUUCGUGGGCAACUACCGCGGGAAGCAGAAGCAUGAGAGCGACUUGCGCCAAGUCCUCGACCGCGCCUUCGCCAACCACGUCGAGAAGAUCAUCGUCACAGGCGGGUCGCUCUCCGAGAGCAAGGAAGCGCUGCGCCUCGCGCGCACACACGAGAAGCUCCACUGCACCGUUGGGGUGCACCCGACGCGCUGCAGCGAGUUCCUCGCGGACCCGGACGCCUACAUGGCCGAGCUCACGCAGGUCUGUCGCGACGGCAUGAGCGACAAGAAGGUCGUAGCCGUCGGCGAGUUUGGCCUCGACUAUGACCGGCUCGAGUUUUGCCCCAAGGACGUCCAGCAAACAUACUUUACGCGGCAAUUUGAGCUCGCGCGCGCGACCAAGCUGCCGCUCUUUCUCCACAAUCGCAACACGGGCUCGGACUUUACUGACAUGAUUCGCCGCCAUCGCGAUGACUUUACUGACGGCGUCGUGCACUCGUUCACGGGCUCGAAAGAGGAGGCGCAGGCGCUUCUGGACCUUGGUCUCUACAUCGGUAUCAACGGCUGCUCGCUCAAGACGGCCGAGAACCUCGACGUUGUCAAGAUGAUCCCGUCCGACCAGCUCAUGCUCGAGACAGAUGCACCGUGGUGCGACAUUCGACCGACGCACGCCGGCUACAGCCACGUGCAGACGACGUUUCCGACCAAAAAGAUGGAGAAAUUCGUCCUCGGCGAGUGCGUCAAGGGCCGCAAUGAGCCGUGCACCAUGCUGCAAGUCCUCGAGGUUGUCAGUGGUGUCCGCGGCGACGACAUCCAUGAGCUGGCCGCGACCGUCUACGACAACACCCAGCGCGUGUUCUUUCGAUCUUAGCGUCCUUCACCGUGCUGGCCGUCAACUAUCUGGUGGAUCGGACCACGCCAUCUUGAGAAACAGAGUCAUUUGGCCAAAAACUUUGGUCGAGAGUUGGCGCUGGUUCAUUGUUGUGGCGUUGGUGCAGAGAUGAAAGGCUAAGGAGCACCAAGUCGAUGCUUGCAUACCCAGCGUGGACAUCGGCGAGCGCACUGCGCGCGUCUCAAAGGGGUCCAUGAGCGUCUAGACCAUCUGCACGCAGCUCGCGAGAUUGCUCCAAGAGUCGGUGUAGUUGACGAGUGCGACAAACGCCGGCGAACCCGCGACAAGAUGCUCCAGCUCUCGGUUCUGCGCGGCAACGUGCAUGCUCCUUUGCAUUGCGCUUUCGUUGAAAGGUAGAUAUGAAUGAUGUGAAGAAAAAUCGUAUUUUGAC